CAACCAACCAACCAACCUAACAUGCCAUCACCAUUCACCACCCACUCAACUUCCAUCCCAUGGCCACGGCGAGGAGGUUCGUUGCCUUUCUUCUUUUAUGCUUACUUCCUCUUCUACCCACAACCUCUGCUGCUUCCCAUGGUGACUCGGUGGUCCUAGGAGUUGCCGAUGAAGACAUCCAGUCCGAGAGCGCCAUCUUCAGUCUGUACAGGAGAUGGCUUGCCAUUCAUCGACCUCACGACAUCAACUACAGGGUGACAGGUCGUGACUGGGAUUUGGGCCGCCAGAAUACGUUGCUCAAGAGAUAUAACAUCUUCAAGAACAACGCUCGCUUCAUUCAUGCAAGUAACAAGAGGACUGACGUUACUUACACUCUGGGACUCAACAAGUUCGCAGACUUACCUAACGAGGAGUUCCGUGCAAUUUACACAUCAUCAACCACUAGAGUCCUCAGACAACAAGGUGGGGUUAUGGGGAGAAGCUUCAUGUAUCAGAAUGAUACACAACCUUUGCCGGCCUCUGUAGAUUGGAGAAGCAGAGGAGCUGUUACUGGAGUCAAAGACCAGGGCCCAUGUGGGAGUUGUUGGGCUUUCUCGACAGUUGUGGCAGUCGAAGGCAUCAACCAAAUCAAAUCAGGGCAGCUGAUCUCCUUAUCAGAGCAAGAACUGGUCGACUGCGAUAAGAAGGUAAACCAAGGCUGCAACGGCGGCCUAAUGGACUAUGCUUUCCAGUUCAUUGCUGAGAAUGGUGGAAUCAGCAGUGAGGACGAUUAUCCUUACACUGCUACCGACAACAAAUGUGAUCUCACAAAGAAACAUUUGCAUUCGGUUGUUAUAGAUGGUUAUGAAGAUGUUCCUGCCAAUAGCACCGAUGCUCUGAUGAGAGCCGUCUCUCAUCAGCCUGUUUCAGUAGCAAUAGAAGCUGGAGGGAUUGAGUUUCAGUUCUACUGGAAAGGGGUGUUUGGCGGGGCUUGCGGGACAAAUCUGGAUCACGGGGUUGCAAUUGUAGGUCAUGGAGAGUCAAAGGAAGGGAUCAAGUAUUGGAUCAUUAAGAACUCAUGGGGAUCCGACUGGGGGGAGGAUGGCUACAUCAGGAUGAAGAUGAAUGAAGCAGAGGGACUGUGUGGAAUAAACAUGAUGGCAUCAUAUCCAGUUAAAUCCACACCCAAUCCUUCCAAAGCAAAAAUAAGUGACACCCUUAUCUACCUGCCCACUGGAAGAAAGUUUGGGCAGCCCUUGGCUUCGUGAGAAGCUGUGAAAUGAAGAAAAGAGAUAGGGAAUGUAAUUUACAACAGUUAAUUUUGUCUAAUUUGAUGGCAAUAGAUGGACAAUCUGUAUACAUA